AAUAAAGUAUCUUAACGAUUCAAUACCUUAUAUACAGUAUACAUAACAUAUGAAUAGAGAGGUGAAAAAACAUUUGUCACGGUUAGUUUUGUUUACUUUGGUGAGAGAUGAGCUCGGAUCACCACACAAUUUGUGUUAAUAAAACCAAAAUAAAAAGGGUUCAGUUCCAAUCUCCGGUUCGAUUUUUCUAAUCUAAUUUUCCGGUAUAGAUCCCCACCCAUAAAGAGAUAACAUUCCAAAUAACAUAGAAGAUCUCUCCAUCCCUCGUCGUGUAGCUCCCCCCACAGUAGCCCUAAUCUGGACGAUUGCUACACACCGAAAGGAAACUCUAUUUAUCUCCCAUUCGAUUCCAACUUCGCUUCCCCCAACCUUCUCUUCAUUUCUCCCUUUCUGAUCCGUAACCCUAAUUAUCCACAAUCGCCGCUACUCAGAUCUUUCAGCUGCAAUCGGGCAAUUCCGUAUCUGGGUUUUACUAAAAAUCAAACCUUUAGAGCUCUUGUAAUCCGAAUCGAAGAGAAGAUGGUCGGUGGUGGAAACAGGAGAGACGAAGGAUCGAUGCCGAUUCAGAACACCAACUUGUUCGCGGCUUUGGAUACUCGGAGGAAGAAGAAGAAGUCCGACAAGAGCAAAGGACGUCAAGAUCCGGUGAAGGAGCCUGAGCCGCAGGUCUUCUGGGCGCCUACGCCUCUGAAAGCUAAGGCUUGGGCGGAUAUCGACAGCGACGAUGAAGAUGAUGACUAUUUCGCUACCACUGCUCCGCCCAAGGCCUUGUGGAGUACCUCUGAAGCGUCCCGUUCCGAUGCUAAAGAGGUUCACGUUGAGGAAAGUGAUAGUGAAGAAGACAUUCUUGAGGAAGGUGAUGAUGAUGAUGAUUUGGAGGAAGAGCAUGAGACGCAAGUUCAUCCAGAAGCAGAGCCUGAGGUGAAGAAGGCGACUGAAGUUCCUGCACCACCUAAGGAGCCAGAGAGGCAGCUUUCCAAGAAAGAGCUGAAACAGAAGGAACAAGCUGAGUUUGACGCUUUGUUAGCUGAUUUUGGAGUUGCACCCAUCAAUGGUCAAGAAAACUCUCAAGAUAAGCAAGAGAAGAAAGAAGCCAAUGGAGAGGGAGAGAAGAAGGAGAACGCAGCCGGAGAAUCAAAGGCCUCGAAGAAGAAGAAAAAGAAGAAUAAACAGAAGGAAGUUAGAGAAUCUCAGGAUGAAGUGAAGAGCAACUCAGAUGCUGCUGCAGGUGAGUCCGGUGAGCAGAAGGAGGAGGAUGAGGCUUCUUCUUCCAUGGAUAUCAAAGAACGGCUAAAGAAGAUUGCAUCAAUGAAGAAGAAGAAAUCAAGCAAAGAGACGGAUGCUGGUGCAAAAGUUGCGGCACAAGAAGCAGCAGCGAGGAAGGCAAAGCUGGCUGCGGAAAAGAAGAAGAAAGAGAAGAAUCACUACAAUCAGCAGCCAGUGAGGUGAAACCAAUCACCCACUAUCUCACCCGUUUUGAUAUAUGAACAUGUGUUUCUUCCCUCUUUUUGCAGGGUCAGUACUUUUAGAGAUAUGACUUUUGAUCUUUUGAUUUAUGUUGAAUACAAUGUGGGAACAUAGACAAGAUAAAAGCUUUUCUCUUUGAA